AGAGCUAUGACCUGAUUUGUGACGCACCUUCAGAACUGCAGUAAUGGUCCAGCUGUUUCACAGGGAACUGGUAACCACCUCAUUUGGGGAUGCUUCUGCCUUGCUAGUGGUGCCAGGGAGAACUUUAUCAUUGUCACCUCAUCAAAGACUACUUUUUGAGAGCUCUCCUGUAGAGCUAGCUUCUGAGAGCAGCUGCUGAUAUUUGGAGGGUGAUCUUUAGAGGGUAACUGAGUAUGGAUCAUUUGAACGAGGCAACUCAGGGGAAAGAACAUUCAGAAAUGUCUAACAAUGUGAGCGAUCCGAAGGGUCCACCAGCCAAGAUUGCCCGCCUGGAACAGAAUGGGAGCCCGCUAGGAAGAGGAAGGCUUGGGAGUACAGGUGCAAAAAUGCAGGGAGUGCCUUUAAAACACUCGGGCCAUCUGAUGAAAACCAAUCUUAGGAAAGGAACUAUGCUACCAGUUUUCUGCGUAGUGGAACAUUAUGAAAACGCCAUUGAAUAUGAUUGUAAGGAGGAGCAUGCGGAAUUUGUGUUGGUGAGAAAGGAUAUGCUUUUCAACCAGCUGAUAGAAAUGGCAUUGCUGUCUCUGGGUUACUCGCAUAGCUCUGCUGCCCAGGCCAAAGGGCUAAUCCAGGUUGGAAAGUGGAAUCCAGUUCCACUGUCUUAUGUGACAGAUGCCCCUGAUGCUACCGUAGCAGAUAUGCUUCAAGACGUGUAUCAUGUGGUCACAUUGAAAAUUCAGUUACACAGUUGCCCCAAACUAGAAGACUUGCCUCCCGAACAAUGGUCGCACACCACAGUAAGGAAUGCUCUGAAGGACUUACUGAAAGAUAUGAAUCAGAGUUCGUUGGCCAAGGAGUGCCCCCUUUCACAGAGUAUGAUUUCUUCCAUUGUGAACAGCACUUACUAUGCAAAUGUCUCAGCAGCAAAAUGUCAAGAAUUUGGAAGGUGGUACAAACAUUUCAAGAAGACAAAAGAUAUGAUGGUUGAAAUGGAUAGUCUUUCUGAACUAUCCCAGCAAGGUGCAAACCAUGUCAACUUUGGCCAGCAGCCAGUCCCAGGGAACACAGCCGAGCAGCCUCCAUCCCCCGCACAGCUCUCCCAUGGCAGCCAGCCCUCUGUCCGGACCCCUCUUCCGAACCUGCACCCUGGGCUUGUGUCAACGCCCAUCAGUCCUCAGUUGGUCAACCAGCAGCUGGUGAUGGCUCAGCUGCUGAACCAGCAGUAUGCAGUGAAUAGACUUUUAGCCCAGCAGUCCUUAAACCAACAGUACUUGAACCACCCUCCCCCUGUCAGUAGAUCUAUGAAUAAGCCUUUGGAGCAACAGGUUUCUACCAACACAGAGGUGUCUUCCGAAAUCUACCAGUGGGUACGUGAUGAACUGAAACGAGCAGGAAUCUCCCAGGCAGUAUUUGCACGUGUGGCUUUUAACAGAACUCAGGGUUUGCUUUCAGAAAUCCUCCGAAAGGAAGAGGACCCUAAGACUGCAUCCCAGUCUUUGCUGGUAAACCUUCGGGCUAUGCAGAACUUCUUACAGUUACCUGAAGCUGAAAGAGACAGAAUUUACCAAGACGAAAGAGAAAGGAGUUUGAAUGCUGCCUCAGCUAUGGGUCCUGCUCCCCUGAUAAGCACACCUCCCAGCCGUCCUCCACAGGUGAAAACAGCUACUAUUGCCACUGAGAGGAAUGGGAAGCCAGAGAACAAUACCAUGAACAUUAAUGCUUCCAUUUAUGAUGAGAUUCAGCAGGAAAUGAAGCGCGCUAAAGUGUCCCAAGCACUGUUUGCAAAGGUUGCAGCAACCAAAAGCCAGGGAUGGUUGUGUGAGCUGUUACGCUGGAAGGAAGAUCCUUCUCCGGAAAACAGGACCCUAUGGGAGAACCUCUCCAUGAUCCGAAGGUUCCUCAGUCUUCCUCAGCCAGAGCGUGAUGCCAUUUAUGAACAGGAGAGCAAUGCAGUGCAUCACCAUGGCGACAGGCCACCCCACAUCAUCCAUGUUCCAGCAGAGCAGAUUCAGCAGCAGCAGCAGCAACAGCAGCAGCAGCAGCAGCAGCAGCAGGCCCCACCCCCUCCCCAGCCCCAGCCCCAGCAGCAGCAGGCUGGCCCUCGGCUCCCACCUCGGCAACCCACCGUGGCCUCGCCUGCUGAGUCCGAGGAAGAGAAUCGGCAGAAGACCCGGCCACGAACAAAAAUUUCAGUGGAAGCCCUGGGCAUCCUCCAGAGUUUCAUACAAGAUGUAGGCCUGUAUCCAGAUGAAGAGGCCAUCCAGACUCUGUCCGCCCAACUUGACCUUCCCAAGUAUACCAUCAUCAAGUUCUUUCAGAACCAGCGAUAUUAUCUCAAGCACCAUGGGAAACUGAAGGACAAUUCCGGUUUAGAGGUGGAUGUUGCCGAAUAUAAAGAAGAGGAGCUGCUUAAGGAUUUAGAAGAGAGUGUCCAAGAUAAAAAUGCCAACACCCUUUUUUCAGUGAAACUAGAAGAAGAGCUGUCAGUGGAGGGGAACACAGAUAUUAAUGCUGACUUGAAAGACUGAGAUAAAAGUAUUAUUUUCAUUUAACAGUGCCACUGGUAUUUACUAACAAAGUGAAAAGGCCACCUUGUAUUCUCUCCGAAAAUCUUUGUUGUUCAUUGUUUGACCAAUGAAUCUUCAGAAACUUGCACAAACAGGAACGUUGGGAAAGGAUUAUACAGACUGCACUAAAUGUUUUUCUCUGUUUUACAAACUGCUUGGCAGCCCCAGGUGAAGCAUCUAGGAUUGUUUGGUAUUAAAAUUCGUGUUCAUGGGAGGCACCGAGGUGUGUACCCUGUAAGCAUGAUCCUAGUGAUUUUUUUUUUUUUUUAAAUUCUGGAGCCUUCAAACAAGCAUUAUAACUUCUGUUGUUAUUAUUUCCUUUUCUUUAAUUAUUUCUGUAACACUCCACACUGAUCUUUGGAAACGCGCCCCUUAUUUAAAAAAAAAAAAAAAAAGGAAAAAAAGAGUUUGUUACUCUUAACUGUAUGUUACAAAAGAACUAUAGACUGUGGAAUGCAGUUUAAAGAUGACAUAUGCCAACAAAUGCCUUGUAUUGUAUGGCACUGCCGUAAUUCAAAUUUGUUUUUCUUUUGGAAAUAAAAGUUCACUGUAAUUUUUUUUUUCAUUCUCAUUGUUACAUGAUUUUUUAAAAAAAUGAAAUGAAAAUGUGAAACACAAUUUAGUCCUCAUUUAUUUAUUUGUAGAUCCUGCAGCAUCAGGUUGUAAUUAAUUUUUUUGAUGUUUCCGUUAAAUGUAAUAUUGCUUCUCUUGUUACCAUACUGAUUUGUUUUUUCUAUUUAUAAAUGUAUUUUGAUGGGCAGUAAAACAAAGUGUCUUAAAAGUUUUAAAUAGAGAAAAUGUGCUUUACACAGUUGCCUAUAAAAAGUGCUCUAUGUUAUCCAAGCAAUUCAUACUAUAAGCUUCACUCUUAUUGUUGUAUGCAAUUUUUACUAUCAUGCAAAUAAGCUUAGGUAAAUAAAACUAAUAGAUCACCUUAGAAAAUUAUGCAAUUAAUGUGAAAAUAAUUGAUGUUUGCAAUGUGUCUUCCUUUGGUUUACAAUCAAUUUUAAAGCUACAUCUGUAUAAAAUUUCUGUAUAAAGGUGUAUUUCUUUUUUAUGAGUUUAUGACUAUGAAAACACCAGCUAUUUUGUUACAGCUGGCUGUUUUUAUAAGUGUAUCACAGUUUUCUUUAUGCAGAAAUGUUCUGAUUAGGAGUGGUUAUUGACUGUAACUACACAAUUAAACAUGUUUGUAUGGUAUGACAUGGUAGGGUUUGUCUGCUUAUGUGAAGUAACGUAAAGAAAGAGUCAUAUGACGGCCUUCUCCUUUAAGUGCGUGUUAAUAUUUUUUGAUGAUAUUUCAUUGAUUUUUAAAAGAGAAGUGGAAAAGUCACCUUGAAACCCUAUAAAUUUAAGUCAAAAACACACUCAUUUUUUAAAUUUAACGAUGAAGAUGAUAAUUUGGUUUUGCUUGACAUUUUGCUUAAUAAACAGAGACAGCAGGAUGGUCAAACGACUGUCCAACAGAAAACAAAACUCCAGUCUGGCAGUGAUGCAUUUAGAAUAGA